AUGAGCAAAAUGUGGGAGGUAGAUCCGGAGACGCGGAGUAAGUUGCUCGAGAUUCAGAAGACGAACGACAACAACAAGUGUGUCGACUGCAACGCGCCGAGUCCACAGUGGGUACGCAACUACCAGCCCUCCAGACAUCAGGCCUCUCCCAAACUGGGCAUCUUCAUGUGUCUGUCAUGCUCCGGCGUCCAUCGCGGCCUGGGUGUUCACAUCUCCUUUAUUCGCAGCAUCACUAUGGAUGCCUUCAAGGGCGCUGAGCUUGCACGUAUGGCCGCUGGCGGCAACAAACCAUACCAGGAUUUCUUCACCGCGCACCCAUCAAACACGAAGGACAACAGGACAUUUGAGGCUUCGUCUAUACAAGAACGCUAUGAUUCUGAAGCUGGCGACGAGUGGAAAGAAAGACUGAGCUGCAAGGUCGAGGACAGGGAGUUUGACAAGAGCAAUCUGCCAAAGCGUUUGCCGAAGAAGGAGACUACUGGCGCUGCUGGCGCCGGUGGGCCAUUGAGCGGCCGCGCCAGUGCCGGUGGGAGUAGAAGUCAGACACCACUGGGCAAGACUGAGUCUGGCUUCCAGCGAUCAGGAUCGCCGGCUCUUGGGACGAAUGCUAUGGCGUCACAGAAGACGAAGAACGAAGCAUACUUCUCGCGCAUGGGAGCUGAGAACGCCAAUAGGAGCGACAAUCUGGCGCCAAACCAGGGUGGAAAAUAUGGUGGUUUUGGAAGCGAACCGGAUUCUUGGAAGAACAACGACGACCCUGGGGCACCGCCGGAGAUUGCUGACUUCCAGAAAGACCCUGUGGCAGCUCUCACGAAGGGAUUCGGUUGGCUGGGUGCGAGUGUGAGCAAGGCAGGCAAGACUGGCUACGAGGGGUGGGUGAAGCCUGGCAUGCAAAAGCUCGCCGAAGCAGAUAUUGCCUCGCAGGCACAGAAGACCGCCGGACUUAUGGGCCAGACGAUCCAAGCUUCCGCAGCGAAUGCCGGCACUGCUUUCAACCGUUUCGUCGAGGGAGAGUCUUCAGGCAACACACGUCGUGGUGUACAACCGGCGAAGAAGGACUUCUGGGACGAUUUUGGUGCCGCUCCCAAGGGCCCUAGCAGCGACAAGCAAGACUUCUGGGACGAGUUUGCAAGCGCUGGCGAGGCUGGAUCAAACGCCACAUCCGGGUUAGGACAAAAGCCCAAACCAUCGGGUAUUGGCACAAGUGCGAUGAAGAAGGGCAGUGGAUCGGGACCGACGGGAGGCAAGAAGGAUGACAAGUGGGAGGACUGGUAG